AACAUUGAAAGUUUCUGGAUCCACAACAUUGAAAGUUUCUGGACGCACAACAUUGCAAGUUGAUGAAAGCGUUGUAAUUUAUCAAAAAACAAAGUUCUCCAACAGCGAAUUUCGUUCAAGUGCUGAUUUGUAUUAAGCAUAAUAAUGCUGUAACAUUUGUUUUCAAUUUCUGUUAAAUAUAUUGUGAGCUAUUUAACAUAUUUUUUAUAAAUCUGGAUUCGAAGUGAAAAUGAGUUCGGGCCUUUCUAUUUUAAGCUAACGAUGUGUAAUUUAGUGGAAAAAUAAUAUAAGUACUUCUUUUGAUUUUAAUCAUUAUUUAUUUUAAGAAUCUUUAUUCACUGGUUGUGGUAACUAUGUAUUAAUUUUCUAACUCUAUAAAUACUCUUUCGCAUUCCUUAAAACAUCAAAUAGUUACCUGAUUCCCCAAACGAAAUGAUAUUCCCUCCACAUAUCGCACCACCAUGCAACUUUCCCUGCUGUCGCCCUUCAUCAUCUUCAGUACCCCGUUGUUCCAUUGGAAGGCGAAACUCCUUUUCGCUUUCAACGGAUCAACGGCCUCCAACACCGCCACGUCCACCACCUUUGAGACAUGAAUUGAAUUACAAUUCCACACCUAACACACCAGCUGGUAAGCUAAAACAGCAAGCUUGUGUUUACAAAAUGGUUCCAAUUAUAAAACCAGCCUCCUCUAUGCCCGGUGGAUUAUCCACAAAAAAUCAUUGUGUGCAACUCUCCAAAGGCAUCAAUGUGGUAGCAACCCGUAAUGUAAUUUCGCAUUACCAUAGCUCCCAACCAAAUUUGCUAAGCAAUUCGAGCGGCCGAAAUCGUGACAGCGUUGGGCGGCAUGAUAGUAUGCCAAUUGGAAAUAUAACUUCUGCUUUCGCUAGUCACACUGUGAACACCAACGUUGAUGGCAAUCUGAAGGCUGAUAGUAGCUGCCCCGCUAUUUUUGGGGUAUCUACAAAGAAUAUUGGACGCACGCUAUACACCUUCGAGCCGCGAACCACUGCUUACUACUACAAUGAGCUUCUACAAAAACCGACUAUAUUUGGCUCGAACUUAAAUUUGGUCAACGAAUCGAUGAAAGAAGAAAAAGACUUAUCAGAUUGUAGUAAUGUAAAGACAUCUGAACCAUCAACUAUUGGCUCCACCAAAAUUUGUAAUGGUAUUUCAUUGUCACCGAAAGCAGCAGUAUACCACUCCCAGAAUAAUCAAAAUAAUAAUGAAGUCGACACCGAAUACGACACGGCCGUCAGUAACAGAGGGAACGAAUGUGAUAAACGCGUUGGUUACUUUGAGGUGUCGAAGACAUACGAAGAAUAUCCUUCAGCCUCAUGCCAAUUCAAUAAUCAUGGUAUUGGAACAAAGGCUGCUGCAACGCAAGUAUCAGCACAAAAUAAUAAUUUUGGCCCAAAGCCGGCUGCUAGAAGCUUUUCUACGGCCAUUCCCUCUUCUGAUUCCCUAUUGAAAACUUCUAGAUCGUCUGGCCUUUAUAACCACAGCAUUAAUAUGAACAACUAUUACACCAGUAACAAAAUAUGUAGUAAUCAUAAUUCUUGCGAUCCAAACAAGUUUGGCAGUAGUAAUGAGCAAAUGGCAUGAUACUAAUUUGAUUGGGAAGAAAAAAAUACACACGAACUCCUCACUUUACGCAAAUGGAUUGUUGAAUCUUUCCUCAAUUCCGGGAGCAUGAAAUUCUUUUUUUGAUUUCAUACAAUAAUUGGAAUAAGCGGAAUGAUUAUACUAACGUACAUACAUUUCAUAACAAGUUUUAAUGUUCAAAUUGUGUUAUUUCCUUCUUUUAAACUAUUGCGAUGCUUAAUUGGGUUUUGCAUGAAUUUAUAAUUUAUGGAAGUGAAUAAUUAUAUAUUCAUAAGCCUUAUGUAAAUAUUCAUGGUUUUGUCUAUGUAUAUAACCACAUGAGGAUGUAUACCAGGUACAUAUGUAUGUAUACCUAGACACCAUCACCUUUUUUUUUUGUGUUAAGAAACUUCAUCCUCUUGUAGUGGUUUUUGUUAUAUUAAAUUUAUAAAAUAUGGAUAAAUUGCUAAUGAUAAAAAGAUAUAAGUAUAUUUAUAUGACACUAUUGCUAACUUAAUAUUUGUAUGCCUUUAUUUCAUUUCUCUUAUGCUAAUGAAAAUCAUUCCACAAAUAUCACCAUGGUCAUUUCCUUGCUUUAUUAAUUCGUCACAAUUCAAACCGAACCCAAUAAUGAUCAAUGUAUUCGGUUAUAUUUUGUCCUUCGUCCCAAAUGUGUCUGUUCCCAACAUCAUUCGGCUACAAAACAUUUUUUGUAAACCUGUUUAACUUUGUGUUAAUACUAUUUUAUUCAUUUUCGUUUGCGUUAUUUUAUAAUACAACAUAUAUGAUGUUUGCUACGUUUUGAAAUAAAUCUUCUUUUAACAAAUUUCUAUUUUACAUAUGUAUUUUACUCCUGGAAAAUAACAAAAAUGUUAUAUCAAUGCAAACAAAUCUUCCUCCCUUACAUUAAUAUCAUCUCAAAUCUACAUAUGUCUCUGUCCACACCACUAAUGAACCGACCAUAGCCGAUUGAAUCCCUGUCCGAUGAUUUCCUUUUCCCAAUGACCACCUCCCGUCUAUCGUAUGCAUCGAGUCCGGAAUCUGAUUUGGAAUUAAGUCCGGGGCCGUCAACGUCAUUGUCCCUCGGUAAUUUGCCGCAAUUGGUCAAAUCGAGCUCAGAUCCGUCGAUUGCCACUAAUCAGGAUAACUUGGAUAGGUCUAGAGAUACAGUCGGUGACGGAUUACCACCUCCAUAUACGAUUCCGUAUGA